GAGGGAGAUGCAGCAGCACAGCGCUGUGGCAAAGUGAGGCGGCAUCCGAGCUGCGAGCCCAGGGACCCCGGGGAGCCUGAGCCCCGCAGCCGGCUCAGCCCCAUCCCAUUGGCUCCCGAGCCGCUGGAUUUAAAGGGAAGGAGAGCUCGCAGGGCUGAGCUGGCUCAGACGCACUCCCAGCCAAGUUGGCAGCGCGCUGCGAGCGGCGGAGCCUCGCACACACCGGGCUGCGGGCUGCCCGAUGCUCCCCGCGCUCCAGAAAGGGGAAAAGAAGAGGGGACCAAAAUAACACAGCCAGCUAGAAAGGGGUGAAGGAGCCCGAUCCGGUCCUGCGGUCCCAGAGGGAAUAAUGGAUGUGACCAUCUCUCAGUUCAUCUUAGAAGAAUUUGAUGUGAACUGCAGCCUCCUGGAUCGUAUACACGAGACUUUUUUAGAGAGUUCCUCUAUCCCUUUCCUGGGCUUUGAUGGUCCGUACUGCAAUGCCACCACGGACCAGAUCGGGACCUGCUGGCCCAGAACCUCUGCGGGGGAGCUCGUGGAGAGACCCUGCCCGGAGUUCUUCAAUGGGAUCAAAUACAACACCACGAGAAAUGCCUACAGAGAAUGCCUGGGCAAUGGGACAUGGGCUUCCAAGAUAAACUACUCUCAGUGUGAGCCUAUUCUGGAUGACAAGAGGAAGUAUGCUCUGCAUUACAAGAUUGCUCUCAUCAUAAACUACCUGGGGCACUGUAUUUCAGUAGGGGCCCUUAUAGUUGCCUUUAUGCUUUUCUUGUGCUUGAGGAGUAUCAGAUGCCUGAGGAAUAUUAUCCACUGGAACUUGAUCACCACGUUCAUCCUGAGGAAUGUGAUGUGGUUUCUGCUUCAAAUGAUAGAUCACAACAUCCAUGAGAGCAAUGAACCCUGGUGUCGAUGUAUUACCACUGUCUACAAUUAUUUUGUGGUGACCAACUUCUUCUGGAUGUUUGUGGAAGGCUGCUACUUACACACUGCUAUAGUGAUGACCUACUCCACAGAUAAGCUGAGGAAAUGGGUCUUUCUCUUCAUAGGAUGGUGUAUUCCCUGUCCAAUCAUCAUUGCCUGGGCCAUUGGCAAGCUGUAUUAUGAAAAUGAACAGUGCUGGUUUGGAAAAGAGCCAGGGAAAUAUAUUGACUACAUCUACCAAGGGCCAGUGAUUCUUGUUCUCCUGAUAAAUUUUGUAUUUCUAUUUAACAUAGUUAGGAUUUUAAUGACAAAGCUGAGAGCUUCAACCACUUCAGAAACAAUCCAGUACAGGAAGGCAGUCAAGGCCACCUUGGUUCUCCUGCCUCUGCUUGGCAUCACCUACAUGCUUUUCUUUGUCAACCCUGGCGAGGAUGACAUCUCCCAGAUUGUUUUCAUCUACUUCAAUUCCUUCCUUCAGUCUUUUCAGGGUUUCUUUGUGUCAGUAUUUUACUGCUUCUUGAAUGGUGAGGUGCGCUCUGCCGCCAGGAAGAGGUGGCACCGCUGGCAGGACCACCACUCGCUGCGGGUGCGCGUGGCGCGCGCCAUGUCCAUCCCCACGUCCCCCACGCGCAUCAGCUUCCACAGCAUCAAACAGACGGCAGCCGUGUGACACCCCCCUCUGCCACGGCGCCCCGAGGCCUUCAGACUGCUCCUCCUCUCUGCACUCCCACCCCGGAGCCCUCUGCCAGCUCUCCUGCUCUGUCCCCACUCACCUCCUGCAGCGAGGAUCCCACCCUGUCUCAUCUCCCACGUCCGUGAUGCUGCUCGGAGGAAAAAGCCUCUUGGAGUCGGUGGUGGUGGAACAGAUUGGAAGAAGGAACAGGUUCAACCCUGACUGCAUCCUGUGGAAGUUCACAGUGCAAAGUCUAAAACAGCACACUGGCAGGAAUAAUCAAUUUUUUCCUCCUUCCUUUCAAUUUUUUUUGUUUUUAUUCCCCCUUUCAUAUUGUGGUGAACAAAGACUAUUUUUAACACACUGCCCAUCUCACCCUGUACAUUGAUUCCCAGUGAUUUCAACAGUUUGGUGUAUAAUAGCCCAUCCCUUCCUUCUUUUCUUUGUAAAAAGUUUCUUCUCUGCAAAACUGUCAUUUGAGAACUUGUGGCAGCAAGAAAAGGAGCGUCUGAAAGGUGGUGUGAAAAGCCUGAGGUUAUCUGCCUUCCCCAUUUCUCUCUUGGACAGACUGGGAAUUGUCAGGGCAUGGCUGGACUGUUCCACACAGGGCACUUUGCCUGGCAAGCACCAUGCCCUGCUCUCACACAGAUUUUCAAAGGACAGGAGUAGCUCCAAAUAACUCUACAAAAUACUCUCAUUCCUCUUAGCCCCACGCUUCCAGCACAAAGCCUUUGGAAAAUGUUUUUUUUUUUUCAGCUCAGAGGAUCAGGGUGGGGAAGGACAACUUUUCUGGGUUUAAAAAACAUAAAAGGGAAGCACUGUAAAGAUAAUAAUGAUGAGAAGAAGAUGUUUGCCUUCUGAGGAUAAUGCUACGUGCUGCACAAAGGUAUCUAUUGAGCAUUUUGAACUAGAGCAGUUGUAUCUACCAGGCUUUUUAUGUGAUGUUCAAAAAUACUGUAUAUUUUCAAUAAUAAACACUACUCUGGGUUGGUUUCAAUAAAACCAGGCAUCGUUUUCUUUACUGUGGAAAUGAAGAGGACACCUGUCUUGAGAGUGGUUUUGCAGCUAAAAUCAGGGAAGGAAAUCCUGUUUGAUAAUGAGCCAAGGAAGAAGAACAACCUUGUGAUAAAAUCCUACCAAGGGGGCAUUUAAAUGCAAGAAGAAUUGCCUCCCUUCUCUUACACUGGAGCCCUGUCCCUCUGUGCUCUCUCCACGGGGCUUUGCCACAGCAGUAAGAAAAAUGUGUUAAAUGUUCUCCAUCACCUGCACCUCAGCUGGAGUAAUUUUCUCUUUCCACUUUUAUUCUGAAUUUUCUUCAGAUGUUUUAUAGGACUUUUCAGCAUGAGCUCGACUUAAACCUCCAGAUUUAUGUUGCUGUAGUUUUCAGGGGCUGGAAAAAUCUCUUGGAAAACACUGUUAUAAAUGCCCUGCUGGGGGGAGGGGGGUGGGGGAAUGUCUGUCCUGACAGCUCAGUCUUAUUCAAAUUUGAGCUUGCUGGCAAUGAACAGCAAAUUUAAAUAAACAACAUUUUGUAACUUUUCCCUCUCCUAACUCGUUUGGAUUCAUGUUCCUCCAAGAGAUAACAGAAGGAGGAAGGAAAUUUGAGUUCCUGAUGAGAGGACCAGGUCAGUGCUUCUGGCAUCUUGUGUUUGAAGGGAGGGAUGCAGGUUAGGAAUACAGGUUAGAAAUAUGUCCAGUGGGCAUCUCUGUGCUUGCUCUGGCUCUGAGCCAUGCUGGGAUGAAAAAGGGAUUUGCAAUGCAGCAGAUUCUGUCAGAAAUUGCAGGUUAUUGGUGCUGCCAGGAGUGUGGCAGGCAUCCAGACAUGGAGCAGGUCUGAGUAGAGAAGAAAUGUGGCAGCUGAAGCAGUGAACUAAUGGUUAACUCUGGGGUCCUUUAGAGUUUUCCUCAGUGAAGCACUGGAAUGUAUCAGUGCCAGGGCACCCACUUUGUGCCAGUGUUUUGGGCUCCUGCUGCAAUGCCCCUAGUUUCACUUACAAUAAUACUCAUUUAAGAACAUUUAAGACCAAUAAACAGGUG